AUGUCGUUUAAAAGAGAGGGCAAUGAUCAGAGUCAAUUGAAUAUCCUCAAGGUAAGCCAUCUUACUAUUUGUUGCUUACACAGAAAUCAAUCAGCUUGUGACAACACAUAACUGCUACUAACGUUAGCUAGCUCGGGCACGUUUGGUAUUUGAACUAUUAGCUAGCUAACUCAAUAUUUAGCUAGUUAGUUAGCUAAUUUAUUAUUUUCCAGAAACGGCGUGUUGCAGAUCUCCUGUCCAAUUUCAUUCCAGAGGAUGAGGCAGCCUUGAUGAAAAAUGGAAGGUGAAGUACCGGCAUCAUUGCUUCAACUGGAAAGAAUCCUUACCCAGAUCUUACUGUUGUUUUUAUUUGGCAGAGCAAGCACUUCUCAUGAGCAUCUGUAUUUUUCCUAAUUCCCUUUCAGAUACACCUGCCUUGUGUGUUCAUACCGCCCUGUUUUUGAUACAGUUGACAUGCUGACAGUACACAGAAAGGGGAAAAGACAUCUCGAAGGUGGUACAUAUGAAUGAUCAAUUAUUUUCCCUAGCUGGAAGCUAUAUCAAAACCAUCUGUGAAGGCUGAAUAUGCCUACACUAAUCCUUUCUUUGCCAGGGAUGAAGUGGUUUUAUGGAAAGAAAACUCAACUGAAAAAUGAGAUAUCUAAACGACAACAUGAAAACUAUAUUCAAGCUGAAGAUAGCUAGUUAUAUAGCUUUACCUGGCGGCUAAGUUAUUCAGUGAAAUAUAUUGUCUUUGUAAACCUGAGGCUUUAGACUGUAGUGUAAACUAGUGUUUACUAUGCGUCAUGUUUUUUUUUGUUUUCACCAUAGGAGCCCUCUAGUUCUGCCCCCCUGUUGACACAGACACGUAAACUCACCCACCAUGCCUUACUGAAGACUGUGCCAUACAACAGUUGUCACAAAAACACAAGGUACUCUAUGCUGAAAGUUAUAUGUUAAUGAGAGCUGUUGUGAGUAGUACCAUGCACAUUAUUACAAUCACAUUUUCAUAGACUCUUUUGAAAUGUAUUUCCAGUACAAAGUCUGAAAAAGGGUCAACUAGUUCCAUUCCAGACUGUGACAUUAGCCCCUCCAGCACAAGAAUAUCAUCACCACAUCAAACAUCAGUGGAGACGAUAAGAGAUACAGACAUCAUGUCAUUACCCAGUUCCAACAGUAAUAUAGCAGGUAAAGUCUAGAUUUAUUAUAAAUAACAUAUCAUGUUACAAAUCUAUAAUGAUUGGUCUCCCCUCUAACCCUGUUUUUCAAUGCUGUUCAUCCUCACUAGUCAAUCAGGGAUCGUGUCCAAUCGGGAGAAAUAAGGAAGUGUGUAAGGAGUCUCAUCCAAUGGCAACCCAGGAGUCGGAACCUAUGACAGCUCAAAGGAGGAGAGAGAUGGAGCAUUACCUCAAAUUGAAAAGGUACUUAUCUAGAAAGUCUUGACUCUCAUUCAACGUCACUGCUAAUCGGCAUUUGUCAGUCGAUUCCAAUUUCCCACUGGCUUUAUGCAUAUUUUAAUUGUUGUUUUGAAUAGUUUAUUAAACUUGCCUUUCCCCAUGUGAACAUUAGCAGGAUAGUGUGACAUUGUCAUUCACUUGAGUCGUUUUUCAAAUGUGAAGGCUGCAGUUCUGUAUGUUCACCACCAGAGGUCAGUAUGCCAUCUUAACUUUUCUACCACCUCACUCUUUCACUUUCUGCCUCAGUGCGGGAUGGCUGCAGGACAGGAGUGGCCAGUGGGUAAAGGAUGAGAAUGUGGAGUUUGAUUCAGAUUAAGAGGAACCCUCAUCACUCCCAUCCUCUCCCCACAGUGACUCAACACCACCACCUUAACACAAUCCCUAGCCCUUUCCUAA